GAACGAAAUUGAAAAUGUAGUGCGUUUCUUGAAGAUAAACUAUUAUACAUAUCACAGUAGAAGGGACCAAUACGUAUUAUAUUUUGGCAUGCAUACAUAUUUUAAGUUUUGAAGUUUCUGUAGUUAAACUGGUGAUUUCAAAAUUAGUAUGUAAUGAAAUGUUUAAUGACCGACAAAUGUGGUUUCCCUCCCAUAUUACGUAUGUUCGAACUUACUUUGGUUUAUUCAUUUAAAAUGUAAAGUAUAAGAAUAUGAAUCGGAAAUGUAGUAUGUUACAUUUCCACUUAAUUAGUAGUAAACGUUCUUUCAUACUAUUAAGUUCCUGGUUCCCUGUAUUUGUUGAUAUUGCAUGUUUUCAAGUAAAGGCCUACAACACAAAAAUAACAAUGGAUCCUUACGCGGCAGCCAUUUUGCUGUAAAUUUCUGACAAUUGUUCUGAGUUCUAUCAGAUUAUGUGAAUAACUUUAGCUCAAGUUCUUGGACUAAUGAAAAAUAAUAUUUCGUGUAACAAUUGUGUAUGUUUCAAGAGCAUUAGCCUAAAUGAAAACAAAAUCGUAAUACUGAGCACUGACCCUAGACAUCUGGAUUUAUUUUUCGGUCUAAAGGCCAGCAGUCCUCAAGUGUUCGUGAUUCGUCUCAGUCUUUCAAAUCAGUUGCUGGAAUGUGAUCUUCACAUAGGCCAUGACCACUUUCUUCCAUAUCCUGAAAACAUAAACAUUGCAUUUAAGUAUGAUUAUGAAGGAAUUGUUAAAUAAGGUAUGGAUACAAAUGCAUUUAUAUGUCCAUUCAACUAUAGCAGUAUUAGUAUGUGCAUUAAAAAUGGGAGAGUUGAUGUAAAUAUAUGAUCAGUAACAAUGGUGACUGAGGUAGUAAGCAGUUUGAGAGCUGUUCUGUUGGUUGUGCGCGGCUUGAUUGCAGGGAGACCACGUCAGCAGAUAAAUGAUGCUACAAAAUGAAACAGAAAUGUACAAUUUGGGCCUGGGAGGAAAUGCAAGGUAUUGUAACGGUCACAUGCAGGUGGCUGCUAGCAUGGCAACAAAGAAGGAGUGCAAGAGCAAGAAGGCAAAAAUGGUACCGAGCAAGGAUGACCUCCCAUCGCCCACUUCUCCUUCACUGGACGGUCGCCUCAAGUUUUCAGACAGACUGAAAGCUCUCCUGAAGUCUGGAGCCUCUGGUGCCGGUACAGGCGCAUUCAACGUGGCAGCGUCGGUCAAGGACGAAUCUGUUGAUCAGCCAGAUGAUCCUUAUGCAUUCAGUGAACCUGAGCCCCAAGUUCUUCAUCUAUAUCAAAAUCCAAACCCAAAUCAUACUUACUCACGUCGCUGUGUUACAUUAACGUCUAAGGUGCAACAACCUUCAGCCUCUCCAAAAUCUAGUAGUGGCAAUGCAGUUAAAGUCAUGUCACCAUCUACAUCAAAUAGCAGUGAUGGAAAUAUUGGAAGAUUAUAUCCGGCGCUGUCAGCAUCUCUUGGACAGUUAUUUUCGUCAAAUUCUUUGGGGUUGGACCCAUCUGUGACUCCUCAGAUACAGCCAAAGAACAUUGUUAGUGCUGGUGAAAAGGUGUUGGAUGAUGAGAGUUCUAAGACAAUGAAUAGAUUACAAGCUAAGAUAGCUAGGAACAAAGUUAUAGGCAAACAUAGGAAAGUUAGGACAUCAGGUCGAAGCUCUGACAUGUCUCCUCACGGCACCUCAUUGGCCGCCUCUACUGCUACCAGUACAGGCAAGAACAUUUCCGGUGCUCGGGGCUUAUGGCCACCUCAGCGUGAGAGGAGUUUGCUAGAAGAACAAUUGCUGGGACUCAAACCAGAGGUGUUACUGAAGAAAGAGUCGGAAAGUCCUCCCUUAUCAUCUCGACACGCGAUUACCUACAGACCUCAGAUGUUGAAUCAUUCGUCCCACGCGGUGAUGGCCACCAUUCCUAGCAAGAGAAGGAGAUGCAAAGUCAUUUCGAGGCAGAAUGAAGUGCCAAGACAUGAAGCAUUGCAGCGGAUACAGUCGGUACAGAAGGCACUGAGGGAGUACAGGCAGGAUCUGUAUCCAUUAGGUGUGGAGGUGUCCGACAGUGAGGAGAGUGACUUAGAGGAAGCGCCUGUCCACCAGAGGCACUGGUUCUCUGCAUUCCUGGAGUCUGGGUUAGCAUGUGAGCGUGAAAGUCGUCUGGGGCAGAUUAGAGCAGAACUGCGCAGGAGGGUGAACCAGACUUGGAGGGGCAUGCCUACACCCCAGUUAGGCCCUUACGGGAGAAAUCAACAUUCGAAUGUGCUGGUGGAAGCUCUCUUGGAUUCGGCGCGGAUGCAUCCUAGUCAGGCGGCUCUCUUCGUGCAGUUGUCGCAGCACGGGCAGAGCUGUCAUAGUCAUAUGAGGCACAACAGAUCCAAGUUGACGAUGUUGGUGAAACGAACGUGCAGCUACAGGAAAGGCGAAAUUGAUGCAUGCUCCAGCCUAGCACUUCCGUGCACACAGCACUGUGUCAGGCACAUCAUGUAUAAUGUGGAUCAACUCCUGUUUGAACAUUGUACGGCCAAGUUCUCGGACAACACGCAGUGCUGCGUGCCAGUGUUUGACAUCUGUCAUGAGCUGCCUCUCUGCAUGGAGCAUGCCAGGAAACGGGGCUUGUUCCAGGACAACUAUGACAAGAUGUGUGCAGAAAUAAAACCAAAGAAAGUGCGUAAGAAGGCCAAACCAUCGGCCAUGACUCGGCCCAGUAAGCGAGGGAAGAAGAAGCGUAGGGUACAUCGCCCAUCAGAGCCUCCCUCUUCUGGCUCAUUGGAUGUACAGGUUGAUCAAGAGGAACCUUGUGAAAUGAGUGUGGAAGCAUCAUCUCCGGCAGAAAGUGUGGAACCUUACGUGAAGGACGAGGCAGUGGAUAAUUUAAUUAUGGCUCAGGAACCUGUGAAAGAGGAACACCAAAGUCUGGAUCAUCACCACCACAACCACCAUCAGCAGCAGCAGCAGCAGGUAGAAGUGGAGGUCGAGGAAGUGCUUGCCAUGGCUGAGGAGCUGCCGUUGGACACGGCGGAGCUGGCUAACCAAGCAUCCAGACUCCUGGAGGAGCAUGACCUCACUAAUGUUCUUAACCAGAUUCCAGCUGAUGCUUUUAAUGACCUUUUCACAGAAGAUAAGAACGGACAGUACGAGCCUACGCGCGAGGAAACAGAGGAGUUAGAGCGGGCCCUGGAGGCUGUCGACAAGGAUGUCAAAUCUUUAGAGAAACUGUCGCAGACUCAAGGCUUGCUUGUGGACACUCUGAUGGAUGAGCACGCUCUGGUACAGACAUUAGCGCAACUUCCUACUGAUGUGCCGAGUGUGAUACCAGCUGUACCAGGUAUUGUACCAGUGUUUGCCACGUACCACCAUCACCACCAUAAUGGUUAUGUGGUAAACUCCCCACAUGCUGGUGCCAUCAUGGCUCCCAUAACUCAUCCUGUAGUAGAGACCCCCGGUAUGGCCCCUACCAUAUCUAUACAGACCCAGACUGAUAUGCCGUCAUAGCCCAUUUUGCCUCUCCCCACAAAAUAGAUCUGGUGUAAGGGAUCUUGUUGUUGGUAAGGCCACACUUACGUUGUUAGCGUAACCAUAAUGCAUGGGCAUAAGACUUGAGUCACAGUCUGACUUCAGAUUGUGUUUUAGAGGGCCUGAACACCUGCCAGGAUCAAAUUGUAAGUCAGAUUCUGCGUGAAAUGUGGUUGUCUGAAUCUUAGACUGUGUUUGACCAUUGACCAAUGUGCAGUCAUUUUAACAAAUAACGUGUAUAAAUUUCCGCUUAUGUUUUUUAAUUAUUAGAUUUUUGGAAAUUGGACUGGAACUUGAUUUUCUGAAUGUUAGACUGAUGACGAUUAUUUGAACUACUGUACGCUUAUGUAUGAUCUGAAGCUUUCGUUAAACCGCCUGACACGGCUGGUAGUCCGAGAGGAAUUCAUUAUACUGUUCGCUUAAACAAAAACUUGUGUCAUAGGCGGCCAGUGGGCAAGUGAUGAUGUGCACAUGCACCCCCCCCUUUUCCAAUUUUUUAGUGGACAAAGAUAUUUCUUACAUGUCUUUGUUGCUUUCUGCUGCUCUUUUGUUUGUAGUAUUAUUCAUUUAUGUAUUUUGUCAUUACUGACUAUUUUAUAACUUCCAAUGUUGUGAAAUAUUACCAGUAAAGUUUAUAUCAAAUUAGAACAAGCACUACAUUUUUAGUGCAUCACGUUACUUCCCAGGCUGCAUACGUCACAGGGACACGCUUAACUCUCGUGUACAGUGUAGUCAUUUGAACGCGACGUGCCGUCAGCUCCAUUUUUAAUCGUUAAGAGUUUAAUAUAAUUCUGAAAUGUUGGACCUAAUCUGACGGGUCCUGAAAGAGUUCACACCAGCAGUCUUGCAUUUGCCUGUCUUCUCUGUUACUCACAAGGCAUUCUUUUGAUGUAAAUGUCUCCUGCCAAACGGUUUUGACAUUUCAGCCGUGAGAACAGUUUAAUGUGUCACCUUCAUGCACAAUACAUGUACCAGUGGUUUGUGUCUUAUGCUGUGUCUUAUGGAUAAGCCAUAAUUGUGAAUAAGGCCUUACUUACUCUUAUGUUGGAGGUCCAGAAGUAUUAUUGUAAACGUAAAGCCAGUGUAUGUGUUUGUGCGUGUGUGUCAAAUGAACAGCUGCCAGGCUGUCGCAUUGAGACGGUUUUACUUAAUUUGGUAUGUGUUAGGAAACAAUUUCCCAACUGAGAGCUUCAAGACUGUCUUGGUUCCUGUGACUAACCUGUGGACGAGGAAAAACGCACGUUUUAUAGUAAGAAGCAAGUGAAAGUAGUUUGGAGAUCUUGGGACUUCUCACAGUUAAGAAGAGAUAGGCUUUAUUUUGUGAUUUUACCAAAGGAAUAAUUUGAUUUUGUUGUGUUGCGUCCCUGAACCAUCUCAUUGUGAUGACUACCUGCUCCUCUUCAUGUUUUGUCUUUCUUUUUACAAGAUGCUUUCAAAGCAGAGUUUGGAACCACAUUUCAAAUGGCUGUACGUAUUAUCAAUAUCUGAGUGGUGCAUACUGUUAACUGUUUUCAGUUAAAUAUUUAUCAUUGUAGGCAGAAAUUUAUUUUGUCGUACGACUCGCUUUUGGUCAUGCUUGCCAGGUACUGACGUGCAGGUGCAUUAAUCUCACAGUGCAAGACUUUUUCUUGUUAAAUUCUGUUAUAUUGUUAUGAGCCUUUUUGCAUGUAACAAGGCUGAUCUGUGUUGUUUUAAUUUCAGUGUUCUUUUCAAUUCUGAAUCCUUUGUCAUUAUUGAUGUUUGUUUAUUGUGCUUGGGAAUUUGUUGUUGAUGCAUCUGAUCAACGGGGAUAUAACAGUUUGUGGAUGCUCGUUAUAUGUGAGGAAAUAUUCACCACAACAUUAAAAAUUAAAAUUGUGGGUCUUAAUGAGGUAUAUUUUUAUACACUUUGUACUCGAUACAAAAUUGAAUAGAAAUCCUUCAAGUGGUACAGGCGAUGAAGCAUGAAGGUGGGUGGAUGUGGACUCCAGGUUGUGUUGUACAAACUGACAGGAGAUUGCAUUUUUUUAUGUGGGUGUAACAAGUAAUGCUCUUUUACUGCAGGCAUAAUGAAAUUACUAUAGAGAGUCAGAAUAUACAUGUUCUUUUGCCUUUUUUAUUGAUUUUUGUAGAUGACUUAUUCAGACACAGUAAGGAACAAGUAUUAUUGAGCCAAAAGACUGCUGUCCUUCCGUGCACUCGUAAAAUUGCGGUCUAAAUUGAAUGAGCGUUAAGAGCUGAGUCUCUGCGAGUUUCAGUUCCGGCAGAAAAUCUGUAUGAAAUGUGGUUUUAUACUUUGUUUAAAGAGUAAGUUUAUUGGAAGAAUGGGAUAAAUUACUGAAAAUUUGCAGCAGUGAAAUGUAAUUGAUUGCGCUCCUGGUUUGUAAUAUUUUGGAGCCUGGUAUUUACAGCUUGCGGUAUGGAUGGAUGUAAUGGACUCUUGUUUUCACUCAUUAUCAUUGUAGUUCACAUCAAUUUCCGCACUAAAUUAUCUGAAGGAUUUAGAGUACAGUGCAAGAUCUACAUAAUUUGUCGUAACUUCUUCAUGCUUUACCCAACAUUGAAUGUUCUGGUUGGCACUCUUUGUUCAUAUUUGAGAUGCCCCACACUUUAUUCUCAAACCAAGUCUGUAUUCAGGAAGUCUGUGGUUCAAAUUUUGGUCUAGGGACCAGUUAUCCUGAAUAAGGCUCUUUCCGAUUUUCCUCAGUUCCUUAAAUUAUGCCAUGACAGCGUCUUUUCACACUCAGUACUCAUUAAUUAUUAUAUCAAGAUGACUUUUCUGGGAUGUAGUCUGGUAGAAGUUAACUGACAUUUCAUAGGUGCUUACUGCCUCCAUCGUCAUGAUGAUUUUUUAAUCUUCAUGCUCAUUGUCGUUAGAACUUUAAUCAUUCAUUGCUAUAUAGCUUGAGUUACUAACCGCAUUGGUAAUUAAACCACAAAACUACUGUAUUUGCCUGAAUACAUUUAACAUUUAUUCUGCUUCCUCUCCGAAACCUUCCUCAGUUUUUUUUUAGGUUUUGCACUGGAAGUUACUGUUGAAAAUGAAUGCAAAUGAUAUUGUUCGGAAAUACUCCUAAAGAAAAUGGUAAGAGUGGGGAAGAUAUUUUGAAGAAAGUAUUUAAUACUUGAUAGUUGUUUACUAUAUUUAGAAACAGUUUGAUAAAUUUUCUGCAUCUGAUGCGUGAAAGACAUCACUGCAGUUUAAUCUUUCAAAAUGUGAGUCUGCUUUGUAUUCAGGAAUGUACUAAAUGUACGUACAUUAGCCUGGUGUGACCACUCUUUUUGGAUGCUGGUAUCUGGUAGAGUUCAAUGCACCAGACAUUUAUUAAUAUAAAUGCCCUGUGUAAGCCUUUUUACUCAUUCCAGACAUUGUAAUUUUUUGGGGGGGGGACUUUGAAUCUUCAACACAAAAUGUAGUGUUCUAAUGUCUUGUGCAAUGUUGGUAAGGUCAUGAUGUCAUUUGGGUGAAAAUGCAGUGUUAAUAAUGUCUGGAGAGACAGAGGUUACAAUUCAGUUCAUUCCCUUUCUGCCUCAGUUUGAAGACAUAUUGAUGAUCUUCCAGGUUACCGUGUGCCAAAAUACUUUAUGGUACGGCAACCUGUAAGGUGUUCAAUAUUCGUACCACUGUGGAAACUUAGAUCGUACAGUGCCUAACAUUUUAUGAACUUGUGUAAACAACAUGGUACAUGUAUAAAGUGAAGCUUUCUCAGCGACUGAAGUUGAUGAAAGACUCUCGGGUUACAAGCCAUGUCAGGUGGCUGAAUGGUGAAUAAACCACCUGAUGUGGCUUGUAACCCGAGAGAGAGUCUUUCAUCAGCGUGGAACGUUUUCCCUGUGCUGCACUUUUUACGUGUCUCCAAGAUUUCUGGACUUCCUCUGUUUGUAUGAUGUAUGUUAAAACACAAAAAAGAUGUUCUUAACAUUUUUUUUGUGUUUGAUGCUUGUUGCAGACUGAUCAUUGAAUGUGUUACUUUUAAUAAGUAGUGCCCUUACUUUGUUAUCCCACGUUCGAAAUUUGGGUGUUUAUCAUGCGCUUGGCGGUGAUAAACAUAAAUCAGUGUGAUUUUUUUCUCAUUCUAUUGAGUGUCAGCUGUCAUGUGGUAGCAUGAGCGUCCAUGUGCGCUGUGAUUGAUUUAGAGCAUUGUGUUCCUAACUUUUAUCACAGAGGAUCGAGUGUUUGUAUCACAUUUCAGACGCAUUGUGUACAAAUGAGUGGAACUACGAAAUUGCACGCAUUUGUGUUGAUUUUGAAGUUGCUGCACUUUCAUGUUGAAAUAUUAUUUUGUUUACUUAUUUUUUUGUUAUUUUACUGAGACUAAAAUGAGCCAAGUUUUUGUAUGUGACUAGGACAUUUCUCUGUAGGGGAUAAAUUGGACUCAUGUUCAGAAUUUGAAUAAUGCACGUGAUUAGCUUUAGGUCUUUUAUACGAUAAUACAUUCUUAGAACUGAUCCAGGAAAUUAUUUAACUGUUUCAGUGCUAUAAUCUGACAACAGUUGUCUUCACUGCAUCAUGGUGGAAACAUUGACUUCUUGUCAAGGACAGAUUACAUUGAAAUAGAAAAGAGGAGAAAGACAGAAAUACAAUGUGAUUUUGGGGGAGGGGUUACGCUGGCUAAUGCGUACGACAUUAUGCCUAGGUUAUGCGUUCAAGUAAAUUGUAUGAAUUCCCUGAGUAUUUUACUCAGGCUAGCCAUAGUGAACAGUCCAUGUGACCUGAGAUGUGCUUGUCCUUGGAUUGACACGAGACUCUUUCUACUGUGUCGGCAUUUUGUAGAUCUUUUCUUAUGUGGACAGUGGCGGGUAGCUGUGCUUCGGUCGUGCGCACGUUUUCCAAGUGUCUUCAUUGCUGUUUUGCGUAUGUGAUUGGCUUUGAUGUUUGUUUAUUGUAGGUACAGAUAGAUUAUUUCAAAGCAUUACGCCAUUCACAGUCAGAAGUCACUUUUCCUUAUUGACCGCUCUGAAAAAUGUUUCAUACUAGAGUUUUGUGUAUUGGUAUGAAACGUAUAUUUUAUGUCAUGUAUAAACAUUUUAUACGCUCUGUUCUUUUUUGAAAAGUAUUAUUUUGAAAUUAGACCUGAGCUUUAUGUGAAGUAUGUUCACAUGUUUGGGAAAAUGUGAUUCAGAAUUACGUGACAUGUCUGUUAUUAGCGCGAACCCCCCCAAUACCAAAAUUUGUCGAAUCUGUUCGGUAAUUUUAGACACAAAACUUUCUGACGUGUAAGCGAUUCAUGCCAUUUGCUAUGUUACAGUAGAGAGUAGGCAUUUAACGGAGUGAAGGGGGUUAUUAGAUGUUUAUAAUGAAUGAUGGUAACUGGUGAAAGAAGAAUAUUUGUAAGUUUUUGGAUGUGCUAAGUGGUUUGUAUUUGGUAAGAGAAGAAACGGCUACUGUUAGGAACAUUUAAAAUGUCUCUGAUCUGCAUUUCACAGAAGCCAAGACUGUUUGUUGUCUGUUGUGACGUAACGUACGUUUUGAGGAGGGAUGUGAGUCACAGUGAUAGGACGUGUCCGACUCGUCAUCCCUUACAUUGGAGAGCUUCAUCCGUGUUACAGCGUACUCAUGUGUGUAUAUAGUUUCAUGCUGACAUUUUAAUACUGGUUCUCUCGUUUCAUACAUUGACGGUAGUGUAAUAUAAAGCAACAUUAUUUCUGUAAAUAAUUAGGAAUAGACUAAAUUAAAUGUGAAGAAUGUGCAUGGUUGAAAAAGAAUUGGUUCAUGAAUAAUGACUGAUUUGACAAAUAACACUUUGUAUUUAUUAAAUUUUUUAUGGUAA